UCUCUAGUCACAUUUGACGAUCCGUUGGCAACGCAUGUGGCGAACCACGUUCCGUCGCGUUCCGUGUUUCCUCAGCCGCUGGCCGAAAAGCGCGCGCCACACUUGCAUGUGAGUCAAGUGCAAUAAACCACCUCACGUGAAGUAUAUCCGCCACCUGUCCAUUUGAAUAUCCGCGCGCUGCAGGCCUACACCCCCGGAAGCGCUGCUGCACCCGAGACGGGCUGCUGUGUGGACACUCGAGUGCGGUAUUGUUGGUUUGUGAUUCUUGUGCGACGGCUUUUCUCACUCCGCGGCGCCGUUCAGUGUUGAAGAAGUGCAUUUGUAUUUUCCAUAUUGGAAAGAACUGAGAUACUCGAGAAAGAGGGAAAACCUGAGAUUUCCGUAGCCACACGACGCCCAGCCAGACAUCCAGUUUGCUGUGUACGCGCGGCGGACAAAGGCCUCGAGAUGCUCCUGAGACGCGUCAGCGGAUCUGGAUGGACAUCAGUGUCCGCGGGACAGAAGUUCGGCGAGAGAAAGUGAAUAAUAUUUGGGAAGACGUGCAAUAACUUCUGGGCAAGAGAGAGAGAGAGAGUGACUUGAGGACAAGUGUUGAGUGCUAAUCCGUAAAAUUGACGUGGGAGACGGGAAAAGCGUGCGACGAAAGGCUCGGACGGAGGAGCAUUAUGCCGCUUCUGGUCGCCCAGCGCAGUUCGCAUCGAGUGGCACUUGACCACAGCUCAGCGCCGGCCACGGACCAGCCCCUGGACUUUACCAUGUCCAAAUUCAAAACAUCCACCAGGCACCAGCUCUACCGUCAGUACUACGGAGCCGAUGACUCCCCACCGCCCUACAAACACGAGGAACUGGAAAACAGUGAUAGUGAAAUGCGAGAGAAACCCUGUGGAAAAUUGUGGUUAGACAAUGUUAGUGAGAUGCAGUGGCGCCACCAGCUGGCGGCCGCUGCCGUAGCCGCGGCCAGCAUGCCGCAAUCGUCAGUCCCGUCGAAUCCCAUCACCACCGCGUCAACCGCCACGAGCAGUCACUCCACCAUUCAGCAAUCCAUCACGAACAGCAAUAUUCCCGUGCGUGAGCUGAUGGCGCAGCACGAGGCGGCCAAGAGGGCGCUGGCCGCCGUCGCCACCUCGGCGCCCUCCUCCUCCUCCUCGUCGCCCACGGCGGCCACAGCGUCGCCGGGCCGCGAGCGCUCCUUCGUCACGCACUUGAUGCCGCCGCGGCUCGAUGGCGCGCCGCGCGAAAAGUGUCUCAACAACAACGAGCGCGAGCGGGACCUGAGAUGCGACCGUGACGGCUCACAGCCCAAGCCCAAGAGUCUAGGAGCUAUUCGUCUUGGCGGCCGCCGCAGCACAGUCAGUUGCCAUUGCCGUGGCGUUCAGGACACAACGGCUGCAAAUCACACUGAAUUCACAGCCUCUUCGCUCGCCUGUCGCGCCGAGACGAUUUGA